AACAGAACGAACUGGCCCUCCCGGUCGUCCGCACCGUCGACCGCUCUCUCGCACACACACACACACACACACGCUUGCGCUUGCUUCAACACCCAUGAAACGAGAGCCCUCACGCGCUGUACACACGCGUUUACUGCCGCACCGACUGUACGGGGUGGCCGCCGAACGCGCUGCUUGUGUGUGAGUAAAUGGUGGGUUUGUCGCAGUGGGUAGCCCGGAACGCAGCUCAGUCAGCACGAAACUGUCGUGGCGUUUGCUCCCUCUCCGCUGUGUGGAAGGUGUGUAUUAAUUUGUGUGCAUGGGUGUGUGUGUGUGUGUGCGUACGUCAGCGUGGAUUAUUUGGUCCUUUCUAACGUGUGUGCCAAUCGUCCUACCGAGCGCAUUGUAUCGCACGAAAGCGCGCAGUGUAUCCUUUCGGCAUCGCGGAACAGCCAAGCAAGCCAACAAAACAAAACAAAACGCAUAGAGAACAGAGAAAAGCAAACAGUUUUCCUUGACAUUCGUGGUGCGUGGUGGCUCUCGUUUGCGUUUUUAACGGUGUUUGCCGGAAUACGACGAAUUGUGUUUUUUUUUUGUGUGUUUGAGUGCUUUUUUGCCGUUCAGAUCGCCAACAGCCAACGGCAAACAGGGUGAGAAAAAAAGUGUAGUGAGUUAUUUUAAGCCGAUGCGCCGAACAUCAUCAAAACGAAGUGGUGCUUAAGCGAGGGGGAAAAGUUGUGAACGAGAGAGAGAGAAAAAAAUAGUGCAAAACAAAAAAAUUUAAAAAAUAAAAUCAUUAAAAAAAAGUCGCUCACUCCUGAAUUCAUUCGGAGCAAAGCAAAACCCAAAAAUUGUUUGAUCCCUUGUGCGUAAAACUGUGUGAACUGAGUGUUCGAGUGUUUUUUUUUUUUGUUGCUUUUUUAGCAAAACCACAAACGUACGGACGCCGCGAGUGGUUGCACGUGGAGGAGGGAGAGACGAGGCGACGAGCAGCAACAAUCAACCAAACUUGCCUGGACCACGCCAACAUUGUCUACAUUGCAGUAAUUCAUCACAGUGUCAAUCGCCCUAGUGAUAGAGAGCAGGAAGAGCAUUUAAUUGUGAAGCGAAAACGGCAAAACAAAGCAAGGCCCAAAUCCACCCGACCCCAAAAGUGCACAACACUUUUCCGGGGGUGUCCUUUUCUCGCUGCGUAGCUAUUCUUUCCACCCGCUAAUCGUUUACAUCUGCUGCUCCUAUCCUCCCUAUCAAUCAGGCAAUGUGAUCAAGCUGGGGCCGCUCGGUUUUUUUGUUUUUCGUUUUGUUUUGCAACGUGCAACGUUUUAAUUGCGUUUGAAAAAAAAAAAGUGCGCACCGCCUUCUACCGGAGCGCGUGGCGGGUAACGAAAAAAAAAUAAAGAAAAUGAUGGAAAAACAGCUCCUGUGCCGGUGUAAAGUUUGACGCUGCUACCGACGCGACUGCGAAUUCAAGCCAGCGCUCGGCUGGUCAGAUAAUAGCAUAAUUGGAUUUCAACUCUUGAUCGCGCCCCUGCCCGAUCAGCUUACGGUGCGGGAAGGGCAAGUAAGUACGACGUGUGGCGACCGAAGCGGGGACGCUGAAAAGGAAGUCACCGUGUGCACGAAAUCGAAUCAACACGCGCGCGUCAAAAGCGAACCGUGCCGUGUGUGUGUGUGUGUCUGUGUGUGUGUUUGUGCGUGUUGGGUGGGUGGGCGUCUGUGAGUGGUUGAGCCGAGCGGGGCGGAAGAGUGUCCUGCCAUCCUGUGACAAGCGCGCACAAACAGGAGGAACAGCGCGGAUUCGGAAACAAUUCAAGGUCCCGACUAGUACACAGUCGUACUAGACACAGUCGGAGAUGCAUCGGGGCCGGUAGCCGACGCGACUGCGACGCGACCUGCCGACGAAGACGACCGACGAUCGAGCGCAGCCACAGCAGCAGUAGGAAGCUGCUUUGCGAAAAGUAACAAACAAAUCACAAAAAAAAACAACAACAACAAAAAAUACAGAAAAAUGGCAAACGGAAGCCUGCGGUUUACGGUGCUAGUGUACGGCACGUUCGCGCUGCUCCUCUCCCGGACGGUGGUGCUUACCACGGCCAGUGCCGGUAGCAGCAGCAGCAGCAGCAGUAGUGGUGGUGGAGUGCAAAAGUUUGCGAUGGAACCGCAGAACCAGACGGCGAUAGUGGGGUCGCGGGUGACGCUGCCGUGCCGGGUCGAGUCGAAGGUGGGCCAGCUCCAGUGGACGAAGGAUGACUUCGGGCUCGGGUGGCACCGGAACCUGAGCGGCUUCGACCGCUACUCGAUGGUCGGGAGCGACGAGGAGGGCGACUACUCGCUCGAGAUCUACCCGCUGAUGCUGGACGACGAGGCACGGUACCAGUGCCAGGUGGGCCGCGGAAAGGAUGGUACUCCCGGCAUUAGGUCGAGCUUCGCCACGCUGACAGUAUUAGUUCCGCCGGAACCGCCAAAAAUAGUGCAGGGCGACUUUCUGGUCACGACCGAGGAUCGGGAGAUUGAGCUCGAGUGUGUGUCGGUCGGCGGCAAGCCGGCGGCCGAGAUUACCUGGAUCGACGGGCACGGCACGGUGCUCACCAAGGGCAUCGAGUACGUGAAGGAACCGAUGGGCGAUACGGGCCGCUUCACCGCGAAAUCGAUCCUGAAGCUGACGCCGAAGAAGGAGCACCACAACACGUCCUUCACCUGCCAGGCGCAGAACACGGCCGACCGGACGUACCGGUCGGUGCGGCUCAAGCUGGAGGUGAAGUACGCGCCGAAGGUAAGCGUGAGCGUCGUCGGUGGCGCACUGGCCGGCGGUCGCAUCCCGGAAGGGGCCGAGGUGCGGCUGUCGUGCCGGGCCGACGCGAACCCGACCGACCUCACCUACCGCUGGUACAAGGCGGACGAGCCGAUCGUGGGCGACUACACGACGGAACUGGUCAUACACAACGUCUCGAAGGAGUACCACGACGCGGUGAUCAAGUGCGAGGUGCACAACGCGGUCGGCAAGAGCGAGGAGAGCGAAAUCCUCGACAUCAGCUACGGGCCGACGUUCCGCACCCGGCCCCAGUCGGUCGAGACGGACCUCGACCGGAAGGUGACGCUGGCCUGCGACGUGGACGGCAAUCCGCCGCCCGAGAUCAUCUGGGUGCACGAGGAGUCCGGCCGGAUCGUGUCCAGCAGCGCGAACAUCACGCUGAUGGCGACGCGCGAAACGGCCGGCCGGUACUGCUGCAAGGCGAGCGUGCGCGGCUUCCCGGACAUCGAGGCGACGGCGGCGAUCCAGCUCAAGGGCCCGCCGACGAUCCGGUCGCCCCGCCAGCAGUACGGCUCGGUGAACGACAACUCGCAGAUCCAGUGCGACGCGAUCGCGAUCCCGAAGGCGAAGCAGGUGAUCUGGACGUACAACGGGCUGGAGGUGAGCGGCGAGAACGAGCACACGAUACUGGAGAACCAUUCGCCCGAGGGCGUCCGGUCCACGCUGAUCAUACCGAAGAGCAAGCGGCAGCAUUUUGGCGUGUACAACUGCACCGUGCUGAACGAGUACGGCAGCGACUCGCUCGAGAUACAGUUCGCACCGAUGGAGUCGUCGUCGCUGCCGGUCGUCAUCAUACUGAUCGUGGCGGUCGUGUUCAUCACGUUCGUGCUGGUGCUGGUGGUGAGCCUGUGCUGCUGCGAGCGCAAGGGCAACAAGAAGCUGCCGCCGGCGGACGUCAUUACGGAUCAUUACAUGACGGAAAAGACGUGCAAGGAGAGCGACCGGUCGUCGAACGUGAGCGACCUGAAGAUUGACCGGGACCACGAGUACUCCGAAACCUGCUCCGGCACGGACAGUAUCGCGACCCGGCUGGCAAUGAACAUGAUGGGCUCGUCGAGCGGCGGCAGCAACAAUAGUGGCGGUGGAGGAGUAGGAGGAGGAGCGGUCAGUGGAGGUGGUGGUGGCGGCGGCGGUGGUGGUGGUGGUGUACCGCUAGCCGGCCCGGUUCGCAUUCCCAACGAUUAUCGCUACUCGGGUGACUAUUCCGACGGCAUUGGUGCGACGCUGCAGGCGAAAAUUGGGCAAAGCAAUGGUGGGUACGUGCCGUACGUCGACUACGCCCAGGACUACAACCUGCCGAUGCACAUAUCGAGCAACGGGCAGCUGCCGAACGGCAACCUAAGCCUGACGCGGAACCGCGAGCUGCGGCAGGACAAUGGGCUGCCCAGCAUCCAGAGCGGCAUGGGCUCGCUGUCGGCCGGUUUGAUGAAUACAUCCCUGAUGAACGCCCCGAGCAUAGAUCCGCGGUACAGCGCAACGUACGGCAACCCGUACCUGCGCAGCAGCAGCACCCAUCUGCCCCCGCUGCCCCCGCCCAGCACGGCCAACCCGGCGAUGACGCCGGCCCCGCCACCGUACAGUGCCGGCCGGCAUCCGACCAGCGCCCUGCUGAUGGGCGUCAACAUGGGCGUCAACUCGGGCAGCGUCAUCGGCAUCGGCUCGAGCCUGACCAGCCCGGAAUCGAUCCGGUCGACCAGUGCCGGCAGCAGCGACCCGGCCGGUACCGCGGCCCAGCAGCAGCAGCAGGGCGGCCAGGUGGCCGCCGGACAGACGGGCAGCCCGGCCCCGGGCCAGUUCAUACUGCCCGCGAACGGGGACAUACGCAAGGGGGCGCUGGCGACCCACGUCUAGCGGGGCGGGGCGGCUCCGCACCAACCCCCCUCCACCACCGAGCCAUCGAGCGUGCAAAGCGGCGGCCCCGCACCCGUCUCCUUCCAUCGUUUCCUCGCGCCAAGCCAAAACCCUCCAUUCCCCCCCGCCCACAAUCCCAAUCGCCCUCAGCCUCGCGCACUGUGCUGCUUUGCGGGCUUGCAGCCAUCUAGGGGCAUCCGUGUCUCCAUGUGUAGGAUAGGUAUCUUUUUUUUUUAAUUUUCGUUUCCUCAUUCAGUGGAUAAGAGAGGGUGUGUGUGUGUGUGUGUGAAUGUGUGUGAGUGAGUUUAUCAAUGCUUGGAACCAGCACACGACACAAACACACACACACACAGGAAUAUACACGCGUGGCCAUUAGAUCAGAUUGAUACGCCCGUGUGCAAUGUUCGCAUUAAGGCAUCGUCCAUAAAUUACGCAAUGCCAAAAAAGGAGAAAAAAAAUCUGUUACGUUUUUUAUGGAUGGUCCCCUAACUGCUACACCGGAUAGCGAAAACGGUCUAAUUUUGUGGGCAAAAACAAAGCACACACACACACACACACAUUGGAGUAGGAAACUUUUCUUUUUUCCCGCUUUCCUACAUCAUACUCCCCAGCCAAACGAACGUUACAGCAUUGGAUGGAGAUGCCUAAUGUUUUAGUCAUCUUUUCGGCCUCCGGUUCUGUAAUGCAGUUUUGCUUUGUAUCCGCCCCUUCCCUGUCACCCCGCUCAUUCCAACAGCCUAGGAUAUAAUGGAUGUGUAUGAGGCGUGUCAUACAGACAUACGUACAUAAAAAAAAAACACACACACACACACAAACACCCAAAGGCGAAAUUUACAUGUGCAGCAGCAGCAGCAGCACCGUUUGAUCGUUUAACGUUUGUUUUUUUUUUUAAUCUAUUUUGAUUCAAAAUGUGUGGCCUUAUUAAAUGAGAAAGCAAAAAUGUACGAAACAGGAGAAAACCAAAAACACACUACAACAGCAAAAAAAAAAAAGAGUUUUUUAAAAACAAUUACACCAAACACACAAUCACGGUGACACGGUGAAUAUACAAGCGGAGGGAGGUGGCCAAAUGCUGCUGAAAGGAAUUCAUCAAAGCUCGUCUACUUAUAGCUUAAUUGCGGCAAUGAGCGUGCGAGUGUAUGUUUGAGUGUAUACUUGCGUGUGCAUAUCAUGUGUGUGUGUGUGUGUGUGUGUGUGUGUGUGUGUGUGUGUGUGUGUGUGUGUGUGUGUGUGUGUGUGUGUGUGUGUGUGUGUGUGUGUGUGUGUGCAUAUAUACAUAUAUACUCGGAGUGGUUAUAUAGCGAUAUACACGCAGCUUGCCGUGCUGCUUACGAUGUGCGCGCAAGCUGCUUUAGCGAUUUGCUGUUAAACCAUCCCUCUCCUACGCCCUCCCUCUUUUCACGAGCGCAAAAGAUGCUCGCGGGCCAGCAAAGGUUAGACACAAUUUUAGACUAGCAAAACAAACCACUCCAAGCGGCUGGAGGCGCCGCCACUUUCCAUCGAAAGGUACGAAAACGGGAAGUCAAACCAAAAUCUCGCUGCACUGGGACGGUUAGAGCUUUGGCGUUAGCUUUAGCGUUGAAAAAGUACACAUGUUUAGCUGAAUUCGGGGUAAAGAGUUUAGUACAUUUUAACGCCUUUUUUUUGAAGAAAAAAAAAGAAGAAAAACCCCCAAAACCAUGAAUCGCCAUGACAAACAAACAAACGCAAGGCGUGAGCGGUGGUGGAUUAUUGGACGAAAGGAAAACAAACCGAAAGCCAUACAGGCUGAUGCAUGCUGGUGCUUGUGGCCGUGCGCCAUGCUUGUCUAUAUAUGUGUGUGUGUAUGUGUGUGUGUGUUUGUGUGUGACUUCAUAUUGGCAAAGGAAUUCGAAACGAAACAAAACAAAAACCAAACUAAGCAGCUUAAUAUAAUUCUUUCUCCGUUUUUGGCAAGUGUAUGUGUGAUGGUGUGUGUGUGUGUGUGAGAGAGAGUGUGUAUGUGUAUCGCACCAGUGUGUGAUGCACGCGCGCGCGGUUGAGCACAUUUUUUGCGUUGCUGUUGUCGUUGUUGUUGUUGUUACGUGCGCACUGCACGUUUGCCUACCUUGCAGGCGCUUCGAACUGCACGCAACACCAUUUCGAGCUUUGCACCUUGCUUCCACCAUAUCCACUGUAUCCAUACGCUUGGUAUAACAAAGACACACACACACACACACAUGCACGCACAUGCACGCUGAGAUAUAAAGUGUGCUUUGGGGACGGCGGCACAGCGAAGGAGCCGGAACGGAAUUUAUUUGAGAGAAAGGCAAACAAACAAACUGUACGUUGGGGUAGCAGGGCGAUUGGUUUUUCCUUCCUAAAUUUGCUUGCGCGGGAUGGGGGGGGGGAGGUGGCAGGGCCUGGCUGGCCUGUGGCCCCGAGAGAAUGUGCAUCAUGUGAGAAUAUACCAAAUUGUUUUUUUUUUAUUUUUUUUAAUAUGUGUAUAGCUAUUAAUUUUUAGCCAGCCCAGCGGUCGCAGCGGCUCGCCUCGUGUACAGCCCGCUCGUCGCUUCUUAUAGGUUUAGGUCUCUUCGCUAAGAUUUCAUUUAGGCAGCAAUGCGAAACAAAACCCCUCCCUUCAACCGGUGCUUAGAGUUGAAGGAGAGGAAAGGGAAGGAGGGGUAAUAGAAGCGAAAAUCAAGAGAGGAGGGGGGGGUUGAAACAAGCUACUCGCGUAAGAAUAGAACAUAGCACGUAAGUACUCGCAGUGGAAACGUAAACACAAACUCCAGCGCGCGAGAGAGAGAGAGAGAGAUAUUAAGAGUGUGAGCGAAAGUAGGGGAAAAGGGAAAGCAUGGAGGAGCAAGACGAGGUUACCUCCUUUCCCUCAUCCACUUUCCGCCCGCAAAGUUCUCGCUAAGGCCAUUCGACUGAAAUUCGUAUCGUUUUUUUUUUUAACGGCGCUCGAUUCGGAUUACAGUAGGCGACGAACCUCCCCCGGAUGACGUAGCGUCUCAUUGCAUUAAAAAAAAACGAGAAAAAGAAAAUACACACGAAAAAACAAAAAAAAAAACAAACAAACAAACAGAUUGUCUCAACAAUACAUCGUUCAAACUCAUUCAAGCAGUAGGCAGUAAGUACUUAAUCGGUAAGACGAAUCUUGGUGCCCAAACCUUGCAGCUUGGAACGUGGAACACACACACGUAUAUCUUAGUAGCUAAGCGUGAUGCUAGUAAAAAAAAAACAAAAGGGAAUGCAAACACGCGCAGAGUAGUCACAGUGCAGGACAGUUAUACACCCGACAAUUGUACGCCAGUAAGAGGGAAUAGCAAGAGAGGGGACAUUUGCAUCCAAUCUAUCGAUAAUUUGUACAUACACAGAUAAAAAGCGCAUACGAAAUCGUUAUACUUUUUUUUUUUUGUUCAUGUAUUAUAAAGCGUAUAGGUUUAUAUAUAUAUACAUACAACACACACACACAAACAGACAUGCAUCCAUAUUAAAAA